CCCACCCCAAAAGUUUUUGUGUGGCACCCCGAUCUUCUCUUAGAUGACUCGUAUUUGAAUUUACAGGCGGAUAUAUGCCAAAUCCCUCCGCUCUCGCUGAUAUCGCUGGCUCCUUCACCUCGCAUUCUUGCCUAUUUGGCAAGUCGCGGUCGCUACCCCAGCCCUAGCAUGGCCCUGAUCACGACUGAAACCAAGGCGCCCCCAUUCUUUGACGACAGAAAGCCGCUCACAAAUCCUCCUUCUGUCGCGGUAACACCCUGCGAUCCGUGGCCUCGACCGUAUUACCUCGAGAAUGGCCUCCGGCGCGUGGCCCCUUAUCAUUUCACAUACAACACCUAUUGCAAACAGCGAUGGCGGGGACGGGAAAUCCUCGACAUCUUCGCCGCCGAGUUUCGAGACCGCACGCGCGAGUACUACAAGCAGGCGAUCGAGACGGGCCAGAUCUCGAUUAAUGGGAAGCCAUACACGAGCCGCCCGUGACGGCGCAGCCGAUUCGAGUCAUCAAUGAAACGGAUGAAAUGAUUGUUAUCGACAAGCCUGCCGGUGUGCCUGUGCAUCCGGCUGGUCGGUACAACUACAAUUCGGUCGUAGAGAUCAUGAAAGCCGAGCGCCAUUUCUCAUUCAAACCCUUACCCUGCAACAGACUUGAUCGGCUGACCAGUGGUGUCAUGUUUAUUGGGAAGACAAGCAAAGAAGCAGAGGCAAUCAGUGAAAAACUGCGUGGGCGGACAGUGCGCAAGGAGUACGUCGCAAGAGUCAAAGGCCGUUUCCCAGACGGAGAAGGUUGGGACGGAGACCCAAUGCGUGGAGGGGUUGUCAAAUGCGAGGAGAGCAUCUUGCAAAUCAGUCCCAUUGUUGGACUCAACCGAGCGCGAGCGAGCGGGAAGUCUGCAAAGACGUUGUUCAGACGAUUGGCAUAUUAUCCUCACAACCCACGACCAACGGCAAAUUCGGAGGCUACCCCGAAUUCUCACGGGUCAUCGACAGACGGCCAGACAAUUGCGCAGCCGGCAUCAGCAAUUUCCGGUACUGAGAACGAAGGCUACAGCAUCGUCCAUUGCCUUCCCUUGACGGGACGAACGCAUCAGAUCCGAGUCCACCUACAAUUUCUGGGACACCCGAUCACGAACGAUCCAAUAUACAGCAACAGAGCCGUGUUUGGGCCUGGUCUUGCAAAAAACGAUUCGAGCGCAGAUCAGGAUGAGGAGAUAAUAGCGAAGCUGAAAUUGAUAGGGAAAAGUGAGGUCUCUGACUCCAUAUCAUACGAGCAGGAGCGACUGUCGAUGCUUGUGGAUCAGACGCAACAAAUGACUGUUUCUGGGGCUGCUAAGUUGAGCGACGCAACACGGUCAUCUGCAUCGACAGGCGAAGAGCCAUAUUUCAAGCCGUUGCCGGCCGGCACAUUACAUGCCGGGUCUUUUGCGGGAUCUGGCGAAGAUGCGAUGCACAAUGACCCUCAAUACGGGGCAUUCGUGAAAGCGCACGAUGAGAUGGUGGCCGACUACAACAAGCGGAAGGGAGAGAAAAUGACGGGCGAGAAAUGUCCAGUGUGCGACACUCCAUUGUACUCGGACCCCGGCCCUCAUGAGCUCGGCAUAUAUCUUCACGCGCUCUCGUAUGCAGACGUGGCCGAAGGGAGCUGGAGCUACCGCAGUCCUGCGCCACAAUGGGCACUACCUCCAGAUGGUAUAGACGGGCCAAGGGAUAUUGGUGCUUGGGAAUAUCGUGGUGAUGAAGUCCUAGAUAUAGGCGACGAGAAGGAGGACGAAAAAGCGAAGAAUCGGACCGGAUUGAUGAAGAACAAGGACGAAGUCCUUUGAGAUGUUGUUCUCCUGCACCAGAAGGGCAGACAGUACCGAGUACUCACUACCUACUUGUACUUACUACAUGAAGAUGCCCGAAGUCCUGCUCUGCUGAUUCAUGCCGUCAUAUAACUGGAGCGCAAGUCAGAGCGAGAUGCAGAAUCAACGCCCGUCACGGGCGUCAUACGAGCCUAGCCAGCACACCACAGGCACAGAUGUGAUUUCUUCGCUGCGCUCGCCAGUCACCUAGAAAAUCUUCCGAUUGGGGGCCCUGGCCCGGAACAAGUCACCAAUCAUCC